ACUUCUUCCUUCAUUGACUCCAUGCUCUCAUGGCACAAUCAGUACCGUGCGAUCCACUCCGCUGGUGCAGUCACCUGGAACACCACCUUGGCCACCUACGCUCAGAACCUGGCUGAUACUUGCAACUUUGCUCACUCUGGUGGUCCUUACGGAGAGAACCUCGGUAUCGGUACCUACAACAACCCUGCGUACUACGUUUACCUCUGGUACAACGAGGAGACUCAAUACGAUUACUCCAACCCUGGAUUCUCCGAGAGCACCGGCCACUUUACUCAGGUUGUCUGGGAUUCCACCACUGAGAUUGGUUGUGGUUUUGCUACUGACUGCACGACUGCUGCUUACCCUUACUACCUUGUCUGCGAAUACGCACCUCCUGGAAACGUUGAAGGUGCUUAC